GUACUGAACUGUUGGGAGAUAUUGUCGUUCUCAGUUUUGUUUCAAACUCUUUCAUCCAAUGAGAUAUACAGUUGUCAUUUUUUUUAGUCUUUAUACUGCAGCAAACAAACAGGCCCUUCGGCCCUGCGAGUCCAUGCCGACUGUCGAUUAGUCUUUCACACGUGCAAGGUUAUGCCGCUUUCUUUAUUUACACAUUAUGGGCAAUUUUACAGACGGUCAAUUAACCUACAAACCCGCACGUCUUAGGGAUGUGUUGGGGUACCAGAGGAAACCCAUGUGGUCUAAAGGGAGAACGUGCAAACUCCACACAUACAGCACUCGAGGUCAGGAUCGAACCAGGGUCUCUAGUGUCAUGAAGAAGUGGUUCUGCCAACUGCACCACUGCUCCACCUAAUUUUACUCCUCAUUGCUGAAUGAAAAUCAAACCAUGUUCAUAAGUCACAGACGUUGACGUAGGUUAUUCAAGUCUACUUUGCCAUUCAAUAAUAUGAGGAAAUGCAUACAUUUUUUCCUUUAGACUUUAGACUUUAGAGAUACAGUGUGGAAAGAGCCCACCGAGUCCACACCAACAAGCACUCAUCUUGUACACUAGCACUAUCCUACAAUGUGGGACCGCUUUAAGAACACCCAAUGACACGACCUUCACACCCAUCUGUGGCAAUGAAUUCCAUAGAUUCACCACCCUCUGACUAAAGAAUCUUCUCCUCAUCUCCUUUCUAAAGGUACGUCCUUUUGUUCUGACCGUGUGCCCACUGGCCGUAGACUCUCCCACUAGUGGAAACAGCCUCUCCACAUCCACUCUGUCCAGGCUUUUCACUAUUCGGUAAGUUUCAAUUAGGUCUCCUCUCAUCCUUCUUAACUCUAGCGAGUGCAGGCUCAGUGCCGUCAAAUGUUCAUCAAACGUUAACCCAAUCAUCCCAGGAUCAGAUGCUGGUUUACAAAUAAUGAAGUUGUCAUAAGUUGUCUGCUUGUCUUAUUAUCAUAAGUUGAGAAGUUCUAAGCUGAAGGACUGAGUUGGCAGUCGAACCAAUUCCUUUCAAGGAUGGCGUGAUGAAUUGAUCUAAGGACGGCCAGUAGCCCGAGGGGUUUGGUCUAACGGUUGUGGAAGAUGUUGGAUGUUUGUGGUGUCUCGGUCCUUUGGGAUCUGAGACAUCAGGAUCAGCAGCCUAACCAGAGGCCCCAGUUUAAUACAGAGGUCCAUGGUGGUUUCAAUGAUGUUUGUCAGAAGCACAGACCAAGGUUAACUGAGGAUUGCAAUCAUCCGAGUGGUUUGAAUAACAAUUGCUCAGGUGCUCCUCAAUUAUGUUGUUACAGUAAUUAAUUAACCUGGGAUGCUUCACAGGGCCAGUUUGCCAGAAGAGAUUACCAGCUGUCUUUGGCCGGAUACGUUUCACACCAACGCAACCCAAUUUCAAAGCUUCAGCAAGUCAGAAAUUAAACGUCCUAACUUUCUGCUAAGAUUUCAACCUCAUAUUUAAAUUAAACUGGUUGGUUUGCUGGUUGCUUUUGGCAGUGUAUUUAUCAACCAGCAAUUGUAACCCCGCAGUUUGGUAUCUCCACCCACAUCCAUCGGUACAUAAAUAUUUACAAAAGCAGAACCAAGCAGCCACUCAACCCAGGAUAGAAGUCGGAAGAAGGGUCCCAACAACAAAACAUCCAUCUUUUUUCUCCAGAGAUGCUGUUUGACCCGUCUCCUUCUUCUUGCGUGCGGCGUGCACAGCCUAAAGUUGUAGGACAACUGGUUCUAUUUGAUCUUAUUUGAUUGUGCACACCAGGUUGAUUGCAUUCGUCGAAACAGGGCGGACCACGUGAAGGUUGCAAUCUCCCACCCCUUUGACUCCAGCACUUUAUGCCUAUAUUUGGUAUAAACCUGCGGCUCUCUGUUUCCAUAGAAGUCAGUUGCUUGGCAGAAUCUUUUUUUUUCCACCCAUCAUUUUGCAGUCAAAAGUAGUUUUAAAAAAAUCUACUUUUUCUUUCUGCAAUACCUAGGAAACACGACCCACAUGAAAAUAUUUUAAUUAAUCGUUUUUACUUGCAACGCUUAAGUACUAAAAAAAAUCCACAGAUAAAUGUAAUGCAACCAUUUUACAAGGAGAAAUGCUGAGCUCUGCUUCGUAAUAACAUCCGAAAUCCCUUUGGGAUGAUUUCAAGGUGUUUCUUCUGUUCAUUUCAUAGUUUUAACCAAUGGGUUGAAGGUUGGUGACAUAAAAACAGGGGACCUACAGGCGAUCGAGUUUUUUCCUCCCUCUUGUCCUGAAAAUCCUGACAUGUAUUCACCAAGUUACUUACGUCUUGUGAUGUGUUUAAUCGUUUCAGUAACAGUUUCUGGACGAUCGACGUGCAAAUUGAAAGGGACGUUUAAUUUGAACAAUUUCAAGAUGCCUGGAGAUGUGAUGGUAGGAGGGAUGUUUCCUAUUCAUUACAGAGUAGUGAGCAUGAACUCAUCUUCCAACACUUCACCGCAAGCCUCAGGCUGUGAGGGAUUCAAUUUCAGAGCUUUCCGUUGGGCGAGAGCGAUGAUGCAUGCGAUCAAUGAAGUCAACCAGAAUAGUUCAAUACUGCCUGGUAUCCAUCUGGGCUACACCAUCUAUGACUCCUGCUUCACCAUUGCCAAAGCCGUUGAAGGAACGCUGACGUAUCUGACGGGGCAGGAUGAAGCUGUGCCCAACUACCGGUGUGGGUCUGGGGCACCCUUGGCGGCACUGAUCGGGGCUGGGGGGUCAGCUCUCUCCAUCGCCACUGCCCGGAUCCUGGGGCUGUACUACUUUCCACAGGUGGAUUAUUCAGCCUCCAGCUCAAUCCUGAGCGAUAAGUUUCAGUUCCCCUCCUUUAUCCGCACCAUAGCAAGCGAUACCUUCCAGUCGACCGCAAUGGCCAAGCUUGUGAUACGCUUCGGGUGGAAAUGGGUUGGCAUGAUUGCAUCAGACGAUGACUACGGCAAGUAUGGCAUCAAACGCUUUAGCGAAGAGGUAGAUAAGGCCGGUGUGUGCAUCUCCUUCUCUGAGACUAUCCCCAAAGUUUACGCCAAGAACAAGAUAGUCCGGAUCGUAGACGCCAUUCAAGAAUCGACUGCCAAAAUCAUUGUGGUCUUCUCCGCUGAUAUCGACCUGAGCUCAUUGAUUGAAGAGGUGGUGCGGCGUAACAUCUCCGAGAGAACAUGGAUCGCCAGUGAGGCUUGGAUCACCUCCGCCUUGAUUUCCAAACCAGAAUAUUCCUCGCUGAUGGCUGGGACCAUAGGGUUUGCGAUCCCUCGGGCCGAUAUCCGCGGUCUUUACCAACACCUCAUGGAGAUAAAUCCACAAAAAAACGGAGACAAACUGGAAACCGAGUUCUGGGAGAGAGCCUUUGACUGCAUGUUUUCUGAGAGCGGUGCUGCAGUCGGUAGAAUGGCAGAUUACAAAACAGCAGCGUACAACAGAACGAGGGCUAAUGCUAGAAUUCAUAAUAUCCUCCCUCUUUCUCAGCGGCCGUGUGAGGGAAACGAGAAUUUGAAACAUAUUGAAAAUACGUACACCGAUGUAUCCCAGCUGAGGCUGACGUACAGUGUGUAUAAAUCUGUAUACACCGUGGCUCAUGCUCUUCAUAAUAUGCAUACCUGUAAGCCAGGUGAAGGUCCAUUUGUAAAUGGGUCGUGUACAGACAUCCUAGAUUUUCAACCUUGGCAGCUUAUGUAUUACCUGAAAAAUGUUCGUUUUCGGAGCCUUUUAGACGAGGAAAUAUAUUUUGAUGCCAAUGGAGAUGUUGAUGCAAUGUAUGACAUUAUAAACUGGCAGAGGACCUCCAAUGGGUACAUCAGCUACAAGGUCAUAGGCAGUUACAAUGGGACCGCGGCAGCUGGAAAGGAGAUGACCAUCUACGAUGACUCUAUCAUUUGGCAUGAUGGCCAGGCUACGCCUCCAGUGUCCGUGUGCAGUGAAAGCUGUCGGCCUGGCACCAGGAAGGGGAUCCAACAAGGAGAGCCCAUUUGUUGCUUUGAUUGCAUUCGAUGCGCUGAUGGCGAGAUCACCAAUAAAACUGAUUCGAGAGAAUGCAUUCAGUGCCCUGAAGAUUACUGGUCGAAUGCAAAGAGGGAUGAAUGCGUGCAUAAAGUAAUUGAAUACCUCGGUUACAAUGAUCCUUUGGGCAUAGCAUUAAUUGCAUUGUCUGUAUUUGGGGCUUGCAUUUCCUUUGCCGUGGCUAUAGUUUACAUUGCCCGUAAAGACACGGCCCUUGUACAGGCUAACGACUGGGGGCUGAGUUUAGUGCUGUUGUUUUCACUUGCUAUCUGCUUUCUCAGCUCCAUUGUAUUUGUGGGUCUGCCCGUGGCGUGGUCUUGCAUGACACGGCAGGUCCUCGUUGCUGUCAGCUUUGCUGUCUGUCUUUCCUGCAUGUUAUCCAAGGCCGUUAACCUGAUGCUCAUAGCCAAGGCUGAGAGAGCCGAGGGGGGAAGGGGAAAACAAUUGGGCCCUCAUCAGCAAAGAAUGCUUACCUUGGUUUCCGUUCUGUGUCACGCCUGCCUGUGUACAGCUUGGCUCCUCAUCUUCCCUCCUUACCCUAUCAAGAACACACUGUCCCAAAACAUCAAGAUCAUUAUGGAAUGCAACGAGGGCUCUGUGGCAUUUCUGUGUUGCGUGUUAGGCUACGAUGCAUUGCUGGCUGGAGUCUGCUUCUUCUUUGCAUUCGUUGCGCGCCAAAUGCCCGACAACUUUAAUGAAGCCAAGUUCAUGACCUUCGCCCUGCUUGUCUUUUUUAUCGUUUGGAUUUCUUUCAUCCCAGCCUACCUUAGCACCCGGGGUAAAUACAUGGUGGCUGUAGAAAUGUUUGCCAUUCUAGCUUCUGGUUUUGGCUUGCUGGCUUGCCUUUUUGUUCCCAAGUGUUACAUUAUCGUACUGAAGCCCGAGAGGAACACAGAUGAAUUAGUUAAGGGCGUCACUAGUAACCGGGAAAAGAGCUCUCCAUCAACCUCGCAGUCAGUCUCUGCUGUAAGCACUGCCUGUUCAACAGUAACACUCAAUACCUAAACCUGUCUUUUACACAGUCUGUUUGUAUUGCUAGACUCUUUUUGCUGCUUGAAUAUACAUUAUUAAAGCCCUAAAUCAUUUAAGAAAGCUAUAGAUUAUAUAUUCUACAUAUAAAAUGCCCGUGCCUUAUAUUUUAAUAACGUAAUUUAUGCAAUGUUUAACUCUUAAUCUUUGUCUAAUCUCUGACCAAUACUACAAAUAUAUAAUGACCUGAUUCUGAGGAAGUUCACCUUAAACUCAAUGCUGGAUUCAUAAACUGUACUUCAUGUUUUUAGGCUGAAACAAAGUAAACUUAUUUUGCUUAACAUGCUUUGUAAGUUUCCAGUACUUUUUUUACAUUGGUUGCUGAGAUCGGAUAGUUGUGCACUGUUAAUGGAUCCAUGUCACAGGUAAAAUACAAUAACAAAAGGGAGUGUGUGUGGGAAGGAAGACCAAAGUGCUGGAGAAACCCAGCGGGUGCGGCAACAUCUAUGGAGCGAAGGAAAUAGGAAUGCUGGUUUACACCGAAGAUGGACACAAAGUGCUGGAGUAACUCAGCGGGUCAGGCAGCAUCUCUGGAGAAAAGGAACAGGUGACGUUUCAGGUGGAGACCCUUCAAUAGACAUUUAAAACAAUAAUCCCUGGUCCUCUUGCUAACUUCAACCAAAAAAAAAAUAGCACCUUACAUUUAGCUUGGUUAGCUUACAACCCACCGGCAUGAAUAUUGAUUACUCUAACUCCAAGUAACCCUAAC